UUCAGUGUGAUAAAGAAUGACGCUCGCAAACAGCACUCGGUAACAUUACAAUUUAUAUUAAACUUUAAAAGUAAUUAAAAAUGUCUGGAAGUAUAACAGUAAAAAGUGCUAAAUUCGAUGUACAAGAAGACAGACAUGAAAAAGGGGGCGACUGGUAUCAAAUCCUUGCAAUUUUUUUAUCAUGUAUAUCAGCAUUCAAUGCCGGGAUGCUCUUCUCAUGGUCGUCACCUUCGAUUCCGAAGAUAUCUGAAGAUAAAGUAAAUUACGAUAUUUCGUUAGAUGAAGCGUCAUAUUUCACAGUUUUGCCCCCAAUGGGUGCCAUCUGUUCCUCUUUCAUAUUUUCCAAACUUACGGAUAAAAUAGGCCGAAAACACACUUUAAUCCUAAUCGCAAUUCCUCAAAUUGCUUCUUUGGUCCUAAUAUCAGUCGCAAAAUCAGUUUACAUUUUCUAUAUCGCUCGCUUUUUAGCAGGAGUGGGAGACGCUUGCCUUUUUGCAUGUUUACCAAUCUAUGUCGCCGAAAUCACCACACCGAAAGUGCGAGGCACUUGGGGCAACUUUAUGACAUUUUUGAUUUACAUCGGACAAUUAACGAUAAAUAUUGUGGGUAGUUAUACCUCGGUGGUGAUGACUGCUUACAUUUGUCUGAUUUUUCCGAUUUUUUUCUUUUGUACUUUUAUUUUCAUGCCCGAAACGCCUUAUUACUACUUGAUCAAAAACCGGACUGAGGAUGCAAGACACUCUCUGCAAAAAUUGCGAAGAAAACAAAACGUUGAGGAGGAAUUGAAUAAACUCAAAGGUGAUGUUGCACGACAAAUGUCGGAAUCGGCCACUUGGAAGGACAUUUUUACAAUUGUGAGUAACAGAAAGGCUCUUUAUGCCGCAGUUUUUCUCCGAGCGUCCCAACAGUUGGGAGGAAUCUCCUCAUUUGCAGUCUACACUCAGUAUAUUUUUCUAAAAUCGGGUGGUGACGUUUCUGCAAGCACCUCUUCGAUUAUUUUUAUGGGUUUAUGUGCAGUGCUCAAUAUGUGUGCAGGAUUUACUCUUGAUAGAAUCGGUCGAAGACGAUCCUAUUUCUUAUCUUUGAUAUUGUGCGGUUCCGUAUUGUUAUGUGAAGCUAUUUACUUUAUACUUGAACAGUUUUAUGAAGAUAAAGUUGAUGUCCAGAUCGUAAAUUGGAUUCCUUUAGUUGGGAUGAUUUUAUAUGUGAUAUUUUACUCGUUUGGUCUUGGUAUUGUCCCCACUCUCAUGAUGGGUGAACUUUUUUCAGCAAGUAUUAAAGGAAAAGGUUUAUUUGUAUUGAAUAUUGUUUUUGCUUUGUUGGUCAGUGGAGCAACUAAACUGUUUCAUGUAUUAGACACGUCGUUUGGCCUAUUUGCACCUUUUCUAUUUUUUUCGGUUAGUUGUUUUCUAUCUGCAAUACUUGCCCUUCAUUUCGUACCAGAAACCAAAGGAAAAACACUCGAAGAAAUACAACAGUCGCUGAAAGGCCACAAAAAACAAGAUAAACAACCUUGUUAAUUAAAUAAUAAAGAUAUUUAUAUUUUUAA